UUUGGGAGAAGUUCAGUAGUGCCGGCUGGGGAGCGGGGCAAGAGGGUUGUCUUGGACCCUGACUGUCGGGGGACACUUAAUUUCAGGCUGGGGUGCACUGGGUUGAUUCGGCCUGGCCAGGUGUCCCACCUGUCAGCCAGUCUGUAACCGUGAAAUUCACUCCUCUCCUUUUCCUUAGAAGAAUAGGCCCUCCAGUGGCUCCUCCCUCCAGCCUGUCCACCUCCCCUUUAAGUGAGUGAAGGGAGGACAGUAACUACCAAACAAGAAAGGACUGAGACUCCUUUCCUCACGGAUCUGAGACCCCCCUUCCCACCAAAAAGGACCUGGUGCUAGUCAGGUAUUGAAAACCUCCCCUUUGAGCUCCAGAGAAACUUCCAGCUCAUGCGGGACCUAGACCAGAGAACAGAGGAAGUUUUAGAUAUCAUCUGUGGACCUGCAUUCUGGCAACUCUUGAGCAAGUUUGGCUGCCCUGAGAAAUUCACUUGGAGCCUGAGGCUACUCCCCGAUGGUCAGACCUGAAAGCAGAAAUUGACAAGCUGGCCACUGAAUAUAUGAGUAGCGCCCGCAGCCUCAACUCAGAGGAAAAGCUGGCAUUACUUAAGCAGAUCCAGGAAGCCUACGGCAAGUGCAAGGAAUUUGGGGAUGACAAGGUGCAGCUCGCCAUGCAGACCUAUGAGAUGGUGGAUAAGCAUAUUCGAAGACUGGACACAGAUCUAGCCCGUUUUGAGGCUGAUCUAAAAGAGAAACAGAUUGAGUCAAGUGACUAUGACAGCUCUUCCAGCAAAGGAAAAAAGAAAGGCCGGGUUCAGAAGGAGAAGAAAGCUGCCCGUGCUCGUUCUAAGGGUAAGAAUUCAGAUGAGGAGGCUCCCAAGGCUGCCCAGAAGAAGCUGAAAUUUGUGCGCACAAGCCCUGAGUAUGGUAUGCCCUCAGUGACUUUUGGCAGUGUCCACCCUUCAGAUGUGCUGGAUAUGCCAGUGGAUCCCAAUGAACCUACCUACUGCCUUUGCCACCAAGUUUCCUAUGGGGAGAUGAUUGGCUGUGACAACCCUGAUUGUUCCAUUGAGUGGUUCCACUUUGCCUGUGUUGGAUUAACAACCAAGCCUCGAGGGAAAUGGUUCUGCCCUCGGUGCUCUCAGGAACGGAAGAAGAAAUAAACAAAGGCCUUGGAUGUCAUCACAAUUUCAUCUCUUCUCACCUGGGCUUGGGCAUGGGGUGGAAAUCCUGUGUUGGGGUGUUGGAAUUCAGGGGGAGAAGGGGGCUGGUAAAGAGAAGUCACUCCCUUCUCCCCCUGCCUCCCCCACACACAUACACACUCUUGGUGCUGAGGCUGCAUCUGAACUGCAGUAGGGUGGGUGGUAUGUGCCCUCCUUUAGAACAUCACCAUCUCCUUCUUGGGGUUGGUGGAGGAGGGGUCAUUCCCACUUCCCCUUUGCCUCCAUGCUGAGGUUGGUGCUGUAUCUUGGAGGGAUACCUUUUUAUUUCCCUCACUGUAUAUAGGGACUGGGACAGCAGUAUAGGGGUGCCUCCCUUCCCCCCCAUGGUGGGGGCUAUGGUAUGUUGAUCUUCCUUCUCUCCUUGGACUUCAUCUUUUUGUAGGGCCCUUUCUGUAGGGUCACCUUCUGCCCUAUGGCAAGGGAGUUUUUAGGCUUGUGUGUAUUGGAGGGAGGUAGAGUGGGUGGGAGAAUAAAAGUAAUGAAAUCUG